AUGCUGAGGAUCUACCAAGGGUACAGACAAUUUGGCCCAGUGGCAAGUAGGACACCUCAGAACAUCCUGACAAGAAGUAUGAUGUUUCCUGGUUACCAAAUGGCUUUCAUGCUGUGGGGAAUUAUCUUGUGUUUUGCAACAGUGUUUCUCUUGACAAUCAUUCCAAUUUUAACCUUUUACUUCACUGCCAAGUUCAAUGUGUUGGGUACUGUGGUUUUGAAUCUUGCUCAGGUAUUGAGCUUCCCAGCAACAGUGCUAAUUAUGUUUUACCUGCAAGUUUUCAUGACGAAACGAGUUUUACUGCAGGACAAAGUGAAACUCACAGAUGAAAAGCCACCCCUUAAUGUGGACAACAGAAAAUUUUAUGAAAUUGUAAACUACUAUUCGCUGUUCACCAACAUGGCAGUGGGUCUCUUAACCUGUCUGUUCAGAAUUAUUCAAAGUGGCUUCUUUGGAAUAUUUUCAAUUGCACGUUUGGAUAGAAGUGUAUUCCCUCACAGUAUGGAAUCAUGGGAUAAAGGCUAUGCUGCCUACGUCUCCAUGCUGCUAGUGGACAACGCUCACAACAACCCUUGCAUGCGGGUUUUUGCACAUCUCUUGUGGACCAAGACUUUAGCUGGCAGGUUGAAACAGGUUCAAGUACAGGAAGAUUCCAGCGAUGUCCUACUUCUUAUUCCUGAUCAACAGCCAAGAAACAUCCUAGCUAAUGACAUUCCUGCCUCACCUGAUCAGCCUGGCAACCCCUGGAUUUUUGUUGAAGCUAAUGAAGAUCAUAAGUCAAAUCGAGCACGAAUACGCUGGUUCAUCAUCUACACACUUUUCAAGAAUCCACAGUUGUGUCAACUUCGCAAACAACAGAUAUCAAGGAAACAAAGAAGCAGUACAAAUGUUGCAAGCAUCAGUGAUGUUGCACACAAUUCCAGUGAAACUGCAAAUGAAGACUCAGAACUUCUGGAUUGUGACAGUUUAUUUUCUUGUUCCUCCACAGAAGUUCAGGCUGGGAAGGAUAAUGUUCUUAUAGAUGUACUAGAUCAUCAUGCUUCAGACUCAUUGACUUGA